AGUUGUAGUACUCGCAGCGUAUUGUGGGAUCGCGGCAAUGAGGUGGAUAAUCCUCGUUUCUCUUUGCCUGGUACUAGCUGCUCUGGCGGACGGCAAGCGCGAAAAAAAUGAUGACGGCAGUACAAGUUACCGCGACCUGCUGAAGCGACUGAUUGAAGUGGCUGGAAAACAAAGUCAUACGGGAUGGUUAAAUGUAAAUUAUAAAUCUUCGCCCAGUUCAAGCAAAUCACGAGUUCACAACUUGGGUGACCUUAGCUUCAGAUACAUAGCAAAUGUGUCUCCACCACAAUCAGAGGAUCCGAAGGACUACCUAGUGCAGCGAAUGCUCGAACUGGCCGCAGAACAUCAUGGUAGAGGAAGUUUACAAAUAUCGUAUAGACAAUCUCCCGGUUCAGCCAAAAAAUCACGAGUUCACAACUUGGGCGUAAUAAUAGACGAGGAAAAAUUGGAACAGGUGAAUGAGUUUUUGUAUCUGGGAUCUCUGUUUAUGAGAGAUGAAAAGUAUGACGGAGAUAUUGAAAGGAAAAGCCUCACAGAAAACUGA